AUGGAAAAUGGUGGUGGAGACGGGCGAAGUCCUUGUACAGUUGUGUUCAGGGGCCACAAGCCUUACUCUGUCGGUGAUUCCGCAUUGAUCGAUACUACGUCCUCUGCGGCGAUAUCACCUGUCGGAGCAUGGGUGGCUUCAGGCUCGAAAGAUCGUGGCAUUCGGUUUUGGAAUCCGAAGGAUGCGCAGGCGCAACUCAUACUCAGUCCUGCGGAUGGGUUGUUUGCUACUGGGAGCGGCGAUUUUCUGGCGAGGAUUUGUGAAUCGACGUUUCAAGAUGGUUUCGCCUUUGUUUCGGAAUUUUUUGGACUCAGGGUUUUAAUCUGGUGA